AUGUCCGCGACGACACCGAAGCAGAAGAGCGGCGGCACCGCCUCCAUGAUGGCCCCGCCCAGCUGCCGUAGGCGGAAGGGGCGGGCACGGAAGAGCGGCCAUAAGAUGGCGGCAGCCGGGCGGUGGUGCGGCCGUGUGGGGCUGUGCUGGCGGUUGUCGGGCGCCGUGGUGAGGAGCUGUGCGGUGCUGCCCGCGUCCUGCUGCCGCUCCGUGUCCCGCCUGCCGCCGGGCAGCGGCCCGCGGAAGGGCGCGCAAUGGAGGCUGGUGUCGUGGCGGUCGCUGGCCGCCACUUUCGUGCUGUGCGGAGGGUUCCUGGCCGCCAUGAAGAAGGUGAAGCAGUGGAAGGAGGAGGCUCUGGAGAAGGAAAGAAACAGAGGCAUUGGGAAACCACUGCUUGGAGGACCUUUCUCUCUCGUCAGUCAUGAGGGACAGCCCAAGACCAACAAGGACUACAUUGGGCAGUGGGUGCUGAUCUACUUUGGCUUCACACACUGCCCUGACAUCUGUCCAGAUGAACUGCAGAAAAUGAUUGAAGUGGUAGAUAACAUUGAUAGAAUUCCAUCUUUGCCUAAUCUAACCCCACUCUUCAUCACCAUUGAUCCUGAGAGAGACAGUGAAGAAGCCAUCGCCAGAUACGUUAAAGAAUUUUCUCCAAAGCUGAUUGGAUUGACUGGUACCAGGGCACAGAUUGAUCAAGUGGCCAAAGCUUACCGUGUGUAUUACAGCGAAGGUCCCAAAGAUGAAGAUAAUGAUUACAUAGUGGAUCACACAAUAAUCAUGUACCUCCUUGGGCCAGAUGGUGACUUCGUGGACUAUUAUGGCCAGAAUAAGAAGAGUACUGAGAUUUCUGCUUCUAUUGCUGCACACAUGAGAAAAUACAGAUUGUAAAACACAAGGUCUUCAACGAUUGAUGUGAACAUCACCUCUAGGUUUGGCUGGAAUUGGGCAUUGGAGUUAAAGCAGAAGCAUGCAGGUGUGACAUCCUGGCACCGCAUGCCUCCUUUCUUCCAGGUAAGAAAGGCAGCCAUACUUCUGCAAAAUACCAUCAUCAAAAGUCUCAAUAGAGCCUUCCUUGUGCAUACGAUUUGCAGCAAGAUUUGGGACUUCCGUGAAGCAUUGCUGGGAGCAGAAAAUGGACAGCACUUCUCAUGUGGGAAGAAUAUUUACCACUGGUAAAAUUAACUGGUAUCUCUUGGCAAGACUUCAGCAAAGGGCAGUCACUGCAGGAGGACAGUUACUUGAAGAAAAGCCACAUGUGCCAGAGAACCCUCUUUUCUGCACUGUUUUGCCUUCUGGGAGAGGCACUUACAGUAUUAUAAGCAGAAGAGCCUUAAGAGUACUUAAGGAGGUGAAGAGCACUGAAAGCAUCAUAAGCUUCCUUGCAUGGGACCAGCCCUGUAGUGUGCCCGGUUGAAUGCUGAAUGAAAUGGGUCUUUUUCAUUUGAAUGCUGAAAUGAAAUGUUUUUUUUUCUUUUUUUUUUUUUUUCCUGGGUGAACACUGUAAACAUAAGGAAAUGAGGAAUAGUUUGCAAAUCCAAUUUUUCUUCUGGCCUAAAUCGUCUGAUGCAUAGUCAGCCUGAUUGUGCUAUGCUGAGUAGUGAGUGUAGUGCGGAAGGGUGAAGGGGGUCUGUGUCCAUGCAUAGGGUUGUCAGUCAGAUCAGCUUGAUGCAGUAUGGCAUUUGAAAAUAAAGAUUGUUUUGUAUAAGCAA